CUGUGACCUCCUGAUGGAAAUCGAGCGGCUCGACAUGCUGGACACGUACAUCGACGAAAACGCCUACGCUAAAGUCUGCCUGUACCUGACCAGCUGUGUGAGUUACGUCCCCGAGCCGGAGAACUCGGCUCUGCUGAAAUGCGCUCUCAACAUCUUCCGCAAGUUUAACCGUCACCCAGAAGCCCUCAGGCUUGCGCUGAUGCUUAAUGACGUGGAGCUGGUGGAGAACAUCUUUACUUCCUGCAAGGACAUGUAGGACGCACGUGAAAAAUCCUAAAACUGAAUCUCAAACUGGUUUGCAUGGAUAGUAACAGUGCGUCUGCUG